CGACAGUUCCAUGCAGGCUCUUCCAUCCAUCGGUUGUCUCAAUCCAGUUCCCUCAAUAAGAUGUGGUGGUUGUCUUUCCUUUGCCUCAUACCUUUUCUGCCAGUGGAUGAUGCACUGGACCUGAGUGCGAAGGACUUCCAGCUGACGUUCCUGCGGGAGUUGGUCGACCAGGUGGAGCAGCGGGCUGAGCUGAGCCUCAACGAUUACCUGGAUCAGCUGGAGCGAAGUCCAAGAAAUGCCAACUACACGGAGGAGCUGAGUGGAGCUCGCGCAACUUCGAAGAUCCAGUCGAAGGUGACGCUCGUCAAGCAGUUGCUCGACCUGGAUCACCUGGAUAAGGAUCUGGAGCGCACCUCUGUUCUGCGGAACUUGGUCUUCCUGAACCGAUUGAAGUCCACGCUAAGAGCUGCCCAGGACACCAGCACCCUGGAGAUCCGGCAAAUGCGGCUGCACCACUUGUGCCAACAGCUCGACCGUCCACAAGCGUCUCCCAGGAGUGGCCUGAUUAACGAACAGACCGUGGGAGCGGCUUUGGAGCAGCUUAAUCUCACCAAGAGGGCGGAGGGGAACUCCACCGGGCUGGAUCUCAACGAGUUUGGGGCACAGCUUUACGAGAGGGUCAAACUAUCUGGUGCCGAGAUCAUCAACAACUACCUGCAGAUACUGCGCUCCCUGCUGCAGGACAUCAUCGAAGGCGACCAUGCGGAGCUGGCUGAGAGCAGUGGCAAGCUGGACCACAUGCUGCAGGAGCUGGACGCCAUGUUGGCCACGCAGGACUUCUUUGAGAAGCGCCAGAAGGUGUACGCCUACCUGGAGCUCCACCUGAGCUCCGACUACGAGCAGAUGCGCGACUCACCGAGGACGGAACAGCUCACGGAUCACCUGCUGGCACAGCUGAAGACCAAGGGCCUCGAUCUGUUCGUCAUCUUCCUGUUCAGCAACUUCGAGUUCCUGGAACUGGUCCAUGAGCACUGGGAGCCACUGCUUCCCCAGACGCCCAGCCUCUUGUACGACGAGACCGCGCGGCAGCUGUACGACGUGCAGCAGCUCUACGAGACCUUCAAGCUGGACACGGAGUGCGAGGCCAAGUACAGGGCCUACUCGGACGCACUGCGUCGACUGCACGAGCGCACCGUGGACCAGGGCCAGCGCAACCGCCACAUCUUCGAGCUGCUCAACAACGCCGCACAGAGCGUUGGCACAGUCACCUUCAACAUGAUCAAGGCCAAGUGCCAGGAGCUCGUAUAAUAAGACCUUAAAAUUAUAUGUUUGAUUUAAAAUUACUUUCACCAUGAUCAGGGCCAAGUGCCAGGGGCUUAUAAGAACUGCAAUAGAAAAACGAUACUUACAAUCUUUA